UAUAAAUAACCAUUAAGGCCCAAGCAAGUGGCCUUAACACAUGGAUUUCCUUCCAAACAUGCAGACCCAUUUUAAUUAAAUUUGUAAUUAACCUUUGGGAGAGCAGGCCCCCUGGAUCCGGCUUGCUUUCUGAGACACCAACAAGAUGGGAGUCAUGGCCAUGCUGAUGCUGCCCCUGCUGCUCCUGGGAAUCAGCGGCCUCCUCUUCAUUUAUCAGGAGGUGUCCAGGCUGUGGUCAAAGUCAGCGGUGCAGAACAAAGUGGUGGUGAUCACUGAUGCCAUCUCAGGACUGGGCAAGGAGUGUGCCCGGGUAUUCCAUACAGGUGGGGCAAGACUGGUGCUGUGUGGAAAGAACUGGGAGAGGCUCGAAAACCUAUAUGAUGCUUUGACCAGUGUGGCUGACCCCAGAAAGCAGACAUUCACCCCGAAGCUGGUCCUAUUGGAUCUCGCAGACAUCAGCUGUGUCCAGGAUGUGGCAAAGGAAGUCCUGGAUUGCUAUGGCUGUGUGGACAUCCUCAUCAACAACGCCAGUGUGAAGAUGAAGGGGCCUGUCGAUAAGAUCUCUCUAGAGCUCGACAAAAAGAUCAUGGAUGCCAAUUACUUUGGGCCCAUCACCCUGACCAAAGUCCUACUUCCCAACAUGAUCUCCCGGAGAACAGGCCAAAUUGUGUUAGUGAAUAACAUCCAAGGGAAGUUUGGGAUCCCAUUCCGCACAGCUUAUUCGGCCUCCAAACAUGCGGCCCUCGGCUUCUUUGACUGCCUAAGAGCAGAAGUGGAAGAAUACGAUGUUGUGGUCAGUACUGUGAGCCCCACGUUCAUCCGGUCGUACCACGUUUAUCCAGAGCAAGGAAACUGGGAAGCCUCCAUUUGGAAAUUCUUCUUCAGGAAGCUGGCCUAUGGCGUGCACCCGGUAGAGGUGGCGGAGGAGGUGAUGCGCACCGUAAGGCGGAAGAAGCAGGAGGUGUUCAUGGCCAACCCCAUCCCCAAGGCCGCCGUCUACAUCCGCACCUUCUUCCCAGAGUUCUUUUUCGCCGUGGUGGCCUGUGGAGUGAAGGACAAGCUCAAUGUCCCUGAAGAGGGUUAACUGGAAGAAGCCAAUGGGUUACUCCAUGGAAAUAAAGGCUUUCUUGGCAGGUG